ACAAAAGCGAGUAAUGAAUGCGCUGUUUUAACCGAAUUCAUGCGCAUAACAACAAUUCCUGAUAUACUUUUUAAAAAUAAAUUAUGCAAUUGAUUGUAGUGUAAAUUGUGUUAUCGUAAAAUAAACAAAAGAUAAUGUCAACACGAAUUUUAAACAAAAGUUUGACAGCUGCCUGUCAAACUGCUUAUCAUCAUCAUAAUGGAAUCAGAAAUUGGCGGCGGUCAACUGAAAUUUUGAACGGGAUACAAAUAAGAAAUAUGGCAGGUGAAUGUUCAUUUUUAACAGUGGAUAACAUGAAUCCACAUGUUAAAACAAUGGAAUAUGCUGUUCGAGGACCCCUUGUUAUACGAGCGUCAGAAAUUGAAAAAGAAAUCUUAAAGGGAGUCCAAAAACCAUUUAAGGCUGUAGUCAAGGCAAACAUUGGUGAUGCACAUGCUAUGGGACAGAAACCAAUAACAUUUAUCCGACAAGUAUUAGCAUUGGUGGCGCAUCCAGAGCUCUUAAAGGAUCCAGCAUUUCCAGCUGAUGCGAAACGUCAUGCAGAUACUAUAUUGAAAGCAUGUCGUGGAUAUUCAGUUGGUUCUUAUACGGAUUCACCUGGUAUUGAAGUGAUUCGGGAACAUGUUGCACAAUAUAUUACAAAACGAGAUGGUUUUCCAUGUAGUUCAGAUGAUAUUAUUCUAUCAAAUGGUGCCAGCGAUGGUAUUAAAUCCGUGCUACGAUUAUUAAUUUGUACAAUCGAUGGUAAACAACCAGGUGUUAUGAUUCCAAUUCCACAAUACCCAUUGUAUUCAGCGUCAUUGGCCGAAUUUAAUAUACAUCAAAUUGGAUACUUUUUGGAUGAGUCGAAAGGAUGGGGUAUCAAUAAUACAGAAUUAGAACGUGCUCUAAAUGAAUCCAAAACAAAACAUAAUAUCAAUCCACGUGCUAUUGUUGUAAUUAAUCCAGGAAAUCCAACAGGACAAGUAUUAACAAAAGAGAAUAUUCAGAAUAUUAUCAAGUUCGCUUUUAAUGAAAAAUUAUUAAUUCUGGCUGAUGAAGUUUAUCAGCAUAAUGUUUAUGCUAAGGGUUCCGAAUUUCAUUCGUUUAAAAAGGUCAUGAAAGAAAUGGGCGAACCCUACUCAUCAAUGGAAUUGGCCAGUUUUAUGUCAAUAUCAAAAGGUUAUAUGGGCGAAUGUGGUGUUCGUGGUGGUUAUACAGAAAUUACAAAUUUCCAUCCACAAGUGAAAGCACAAUUAUUAAAAUACAUUAGCGCCAAUCUUUGUUCAACUGUUUUCGGUCAAACUGUUAUGGAUUGUGUUGUGAAUUCACCACAAAAAGGUGAUCCAAGCUACGAUCUCUUUGAAAAAGAAAAGAAUGCUGUUUUAGGUUCAUUAAAGGAUAGAGCCAAAUUGAUUUACGAUACAUUUAACAGUAUUCCUGGAUAUAGUUGUAAUGAAGUUCAAGGUGCCAUGUACGCUUUCCCGCGAGUAGAAAUACCAGAAAAAGCAAUUGAAAUAGCCAAACAAAAUGGACAACAACCUGACGUGUUCUAUGCAUUCCAGUUACUUGAAGCAACUGGUAUUUGUAUUAUUCCUGGUUCUGGAUUUGGUCAAAAAGCUGGUACAUAUCACUUCCGUACAACGAUUUUACCACAAACCGAUAAACUAAAAGAAAUGUUAAAUCAUAUUAAAGAAUUCCAUGUGAAAUUCUUAAAAGAAUACUCAUAAUAAUCUUUCUUUUUGUAAAUAACUUAAAUCAACAAUACGAAAUAACUGAAAACGAAUUAAAAAUUUUUAAAAUAAUUGUGAGAAAACAACAAUAGGAAGAAAUUAAUUAAAACUACUAGUCAGAAUAAAAAGUAUGCAGCUUCAUGUUCGUUCACGAGUUCUGUUCCCGAAUAUGAGUUUCAAAAAAAGUGAUCUUGUCGCCAAAACAAAAUUUGUGCGAUUGAUUAUUCUUUGUUUAACGUUAUACAUACAAUUUUUAAUUAAAAUAAAUAAAAAAAUAUUUUAAAUAUUA